UAAGAAAGAACCAUUUAAUUCGACAAUAAAUUUUGCCCACAUAAAAAUUGAAUAAAAAUAUUUAACACAGAAAUUGUUGCCACAAAUUAUGGAAACUGUUAUGAUUUAUUGACUCCCAAAAAAAAGAAAAAAGAAAAAAAAAACAUUAAACUCAUGGAAUGAAGGAAUUUUGAUAUUUGAAUAGAAAAUCAGAAUAACAAAAAUGAUUCUUGCCGUGUUAAUCACAAACCCUCAAGCCAACAUCUUAGUUGAAAUAUUCAAUGGGGUGCCAUCAGAGGAGCGGUUGCAUUGGCGUUCUUUCUUAACCAAGCUUGGCCAAACUAACCUUAAGGGUGCCAAACAUGAAGAACAUUUCAUUGCACACCACAAAUCAGUGUAUAUUGUUUAUACAUUGUUCGGAGAUGUGAGCAUCUACGCUGUUGGCAAGGACGAAUAUGAUGAACUUACACUGUCCGAAGUUAUCCGUGCUAUUACAACAUCUAUCAAGGAUGCCUGUGGAAAACCUCCAUCUGAGAGCCGUUUUUUGGACAAGUAUGGAAGAAUAUGUUUGUACCUUGACGAGAUCUUCUGGAAGGGAGUGUUGGAAAAUAAUGAUAACGACAGAAUAAAGAGGCUAGCCAGGCUGAAGCCUCCCACAGAACUAUGAAUACAGAAGGAAAGAAAAGCUUAGUCGGAUUCUGCAGUUCUUUUUUUCUUUUGCCAUCUGAACUCUACACAAUAGUGGACAGAUAAAUCAGAGGGGGUGUGCUUUUCUGUUGUUUUCAAUACAGUUUUAUUGCUAGUCUAUUUGAUACAGUUUAGCUACAAGUCUAAAAUUACGUCUCUGUCAUUACUGCUAGA